AUGUUUGAAAAAUGUGAAAAUUGGAGAAAGCAAUUCGGUUGUGAUACCAUUUUGAAGGAUUUCCAUUAUGAGGAAAAACCUUUGGUGGCUAAAUAUUAUCCUCAAUAUUAUCAUAAGACUGAUAAAGAUGGUCGUCCAUGUUAUUUCGAAGAAUUAGGUGCAGUCAAUUUGACUGAAAUGUAUAAGAUUACCACUGAAGAACGUAUGUUGAAGAAUUUGGUUUGGGAAUACGAAUCUGUCGUUAGAUAUAGAUUACCCGCUUGUUCAAGAGCUGCAGGUGCAUUAAUUGAAACCUCAUGUACUGUUAUGGAUUUGAAAGGUAUUUCCAUAUCAAGUGCUUACAGUGUUUUAUCAUACGUUAGAGAAGCUUCCUUUAUCAGUCAAAAUUAUUAUCCAGAACGUAUGGGUAAAUUUUAUUUGAUCAAUGCUCCAUUUGGUUUCUCUACCGCUUUCAGAUUAUUUAAACCAUUUUUGGACCCUGUUACAGUCUCUAAGAUUUUCAUCUUAGGUUCAUCUUAUCAAAAGGAACUAUUGAAACAAAUUCCUGCUGAAAAUUUACCAACAAAGUUCGGUGGUAAAUCAGAAGUUGAUGAGGCUACAGGUGGAUUAUAUUUGUCAGAUAUUGGUCCAUGGAGAGAUCCAAAAUUUAUUGGCCCAGAAGGUGAGGCACCAGAAAUGUUUUCUAUGAAAUAA